AUGUCAAAGCUGACACUGGACGGCUUUUUUUCGUACUGCAAGCAAAUUGCUGAGCAUAUCCAGUUGGGCGAGAGAAUGGCUUCCUUGUCAGGACAGGGCACCCCCAAGCUGACGUCAGCAGUCGGCAACCUUUACUAUGACUCGAUCCUGCCCUACCGUGAAGAUGCUAACGCUCAGACAAGAGAGUUCCUAGCGCGAGUGGUGGAUGUCUUACUUGACUUUAUACAGCAAGUCAACGACAGGAACGAGAAGAUCUUGGAAUUUAAGAUGCCUGAAGAGAUGCAGAAGACCCUCGACCUGACUCUUCACGAUGAACCGCUUCCCCUGAAGCAGCUGCUCGAGGAUUGCAAGUCAGCUCUGAAGCAUCAAGUCAAGACUGGCCACCCCCAUUUCUUCAACCAACUCUCCUGUGGAUUGGACAUCAUCUCCCUGGCUGGGGAAUGGCUGACGGCAGCUGCCAACACCAACAUGUUCACCUACGAGAUAGCCCCCGUCUUCAUCCUGAUGGAGAACGUCGUGCUGGAGAAGAUGAGGACCAUGAUCGGCUGGAAAUCUGGAGACUCCAUUCUGGCACCUGGUGGCUCCGUCUCCAAUUUAUAUGCAUUCCUGGCGGCUCGCCACCACAAGUUCCCGCAGUACAAGGAGAAGGGCCUCACCAGCAUUCCUGGACACCUCGUCAUGUUCACCUCCGAUCAGUGCCACUAUUCGGUGAAGUCGUGCGCGUCUGUGUGCGGCCUGGGAACGGAUUACUGUAUCUGCGUACCUUCAGAUGAACACGGUCGCAUGAUUGCUACUGAGCUGGAGAGGCUCGUCCGCUACCACAAGGAUAGAGGCAAUGUACCAUUCUUCGUGAACGCCACAUCGGGCACCACUGUGCUGGGCGCGUUCGACCCCCUCAUGGACAUCGCUGACAUCUGCCAGAAGUACGACAUGUGGAUGCACGUCGACGCUGCAUGGGGUGGCGGUCUGCUGUUCUCCAAGAAGUACCGCCAUCCUCGUCUGACUGGCAUCGAGAGGGCCGACUCCGUGACGUGGAACCCUCACAAGCUGAUGGGCACCCUGCUGCAGUGUUCCACCGUGCACUUCAAGUAUGAGGGUAUCCUGCUGAGCUGCAACGCGAUGUCAGCGGAGUACCUGUUCAUGACUGAUAAGAUCUACGAUCCUAGAUAUGAUACCGGAGAUAAGGUCAUCCAAUGUGGCCGCCACAACGACAUCUUCAAACUGUGGCUGCAGUGGCGUGGCAAGGGGACCUCUGGAUUUGAGCGUCAUAUGGAUCGCUUGAUGGAACUCUCAGAGUACAUGGUCCGCCGCAUCAAGGAACAGCCUGACAAGUUCUACCUGAUCCUGGAGCCGGAGAUGGUGAACGUGUCCUUCUGGUACCUCCCGAAGCAGCUCAGGAGUCUGCCACAUGACAGCAACAAGGAGAUCAAGCUUGGCAAGGUGUGUGCCAAACUGAAGGGUAAGAUGAUGCAAGCUGGUACCAUCAUGGUAGGCUACCAGCCUGACGACAGGCGCCCCAACUUCUUCCGGAACAUCAUCUCGUCAGCGGCUGUCACCGAGAAAGACGUGGACUUUCUCCUGUCGGAGAUGGACCGUCUUGGGCAGGACAUAAUCGUGGAUUAA